AUGGCGGAAGAAGGGACUCGUCCUGCUGUUUUAGAGAGGAUCACAGACGAUCAUCUUAAGUGCUCAAUCUGUCGAGAACUGUACAAAGAGCUAAAGACUUUAUCCUGUUUGCACAGGUUUUGUAUGCAGUGCCUCGUGACAUACCGGCAGUCUCAUUGGGAUUCUGACCAUUUGAUGUGUCCACUAUGUCGCCAACAAACAUCCGUUCCCGGGGGUGACAUCAGGAAUCUCGCUACAGAUUUUGCACCGGCAUCGUUGGAAGAAGUGGUGCAGAAAGAAUAUGGACCCACAAUACAGACAUGCAGUAUUCAUGAACAAGGAAAAUGCGAACUUUUCUGUGAGACUUGUACCAAACUCAUAUGUCUUACGUGCCUGACGGAGUCCCACAAACGUCACGAGUUUAAAGAGGUCAGACGCAUGAACAUCGCCGAUAAGAGGAAAAGAAUCAAAGACAAAAUACCACAGUACCAAAAAUCCGUGGCAGAUCUCACGCAGGCUUUACAAUCCGUGGACAAAGAAAAACGAGACUUCGCAGUAGCAAUGGUGAGACUCAAGGAGGAGGUAGAAGGUGAAGCUAGAGUUAUGAAAGACAAAGUGGACGAUUCAAAGCGAAGCAUCUUGCGUCAGCUCGAUCAGAUCCAGACGGAGAGGGAGAAAGAGCUUAAGGACUUCUCUCACGACCUCAACUUUAUGAGAAAAACCACGCAGAAGCUUCUUGACGAAUCCAACCUUGUACUAGAAACGAACCAUCAAUAUGUGUUCCUCCAGAAAUAUACUAGUACCGGUAUGGGUUCGCUCGGUAAAAACCGGCGUCGUAUUCCUAGCAUGAAGAAUAAUCCAGUAGUUACAUUCACGCCGUGUGAGAAAGACAUUCCCGUGGGAAAAGUGUUGAAACACAGUACUAUUUUCAAAAUAAAAGGUCUAAUGAUAGAUCUUGUGUGGUUUCUAAAGAUGGUCAUGAUAGCGGUGGUGAUGUUUAUUGGGUUAGUGACGUGUGUGGAGGCGAUGGUUGGAAUUACGACGAAAAUGGCAGUGCUGAGCUUGGUUGUAAUGCUCUGUAUUUUGAAGAACCUGAUCAAAAUCGGUGCAGUUCACAAAAUGAAAAGUAAAAUGAAAGCUGUUGUGAAGUUUCUAAGCAUGGUCAUGAUGAGGGUGGUGAUGCUCAUGAUGUUAGUCACGCUUGUGGUGAUGAUGAUUGGAAAAACAACGAUAAUAGCAAUGAUGUGCUGGGUUAUAACUAGCAUGUUCUGUAUUUUGUAG